AUGUCUAAUGCUGUGCCUGAUGCUAUGCUCAAUGCUGUGCUUGAUGCUGUGUUUGAUCAUAUGGGGGAGCAGAUGCAUGUCAAGGCUCAGGAUGUGUUUGAUGGUGUUGAGGGACUGGGUGCGCUGGCAGCACUGCGUCAGCACGCCAUCAGGCUUGCUGCCUGA